AUGGUUGAAAGGGAGAUGAGUCGUCUGCGUCUGCUCAAGAAGGAAGACGAAGAUGAUCGUCACAAAGGGGAGAAAUCCGAAAAUGGGACAACAUCGGAUGAGAAUAUGACAGAUGUCAGCUUUCAGUGCCUCAUUGGAUACUCAUUGGGAGAUCUCUGCAGGGAGUGGAGCCGAGUCCAUGCGCGCAAACCUGCAAACCAGCAGGUAGAGCAUCUGAUUGAGGUUGAUCUCAAUCCCAUCAAGGAAGGAAAGGUUUCAAGGAUGCACAGGCUAAAGGAUAUUAUUCACGGUAUCAGUGGGAGGAGAUUAAUGCCACACAGACUACCUUUCAUGUCUGGGUCAUUUUUAUGGGUUUUGCCUCAGAAACAGCGUUAUGGAAUUUCUGAAUUGGUUGGAGAGGUAGCAAAACCUUGGAAGGAGAGACACUCUCUUCUAAUAUUUCGUGGAUGGUCCUCAUCGGCCAAUUUGGUUGAUGAUAGUGUUGGUGCUAUUAAAGCAGAAAAAGUCAAGAAGCGUGUUUCCAAAAAAUCAGUGGUGGAAUUCAGCAAAGUUGAUGCGGAGCUGCUUCCAACAGUAAUCCUUGUUGGGCGUCCAAAUGUAGGCAAGUCUGCACUUUUUAACCGUUUUAUCCGGAGGAGAGAAGCUCUUGUGUACAACACUCCUAAUGACCAUGUUACAAGGGACAUACGUGAAGGCAUUGCAAAAUUGGGAGAUUUGCGGUUCAAGGUAUUGGAUUCAGCUGGCUUAGAAAUGGCAGCAUCUUCAGGAAGUAUUCUUGACAGAACUGCAGAAUUGACAGCAAAUGUGCUAUCGAGGUCUCAUUUUGCAAUCUUCUUAAUCGAUGUGAGAGAUGGGCUACAACCACUAGAUUCUGAGGUUGGAAAGUGGUUGCGCAGGCAUGCACCUGGAAUCAGUACAAUUUUAGUGAUGAACAAAUCUGAGUCCUUUGAUGAUCAACUUGGGUUUCUCACUGCAGCAGCUGGGGAAGCCUACAAAUUAGGAUACGGUGACCCUAUUCCAAUAUCUGCUGAGACUGGACUGGGCAUGGCAGAACUCUAUGAAGCUCUUAGGCGUCUGCUUGAGGGCUACAUGCUUCCUAUUUUAAGUAACAGUCAGGACAAUAUCUCCGUUGAGGGCAAGGACUCAAAGUUACCUUUGCAGUUGGCAAUUGUAGGACGACCUAAUGUUGGCAAGUCGACACUGUUGAAUGCACUAUUACAACAAAAUCGUGUUCUGACUGGGCCAGAAGCUGGCUUGACAAGAGACUCAGUUAGAGCUCAUUUUCAAUUUCAAGAGAGGACUAUAUAUUUGGUUGACACUGCAGGUUGGUUGCAAAGGACAAAGCGUGAGAAUGGACCUGCCUCCUUGAGCAUUAUGCAGUCAAGAAAAAGUCUUAUUCGGGCUCAUGUGGUUGCUUUGGUGCUUGAUGCAGAGGAGGUUGCAAAAUCACGAAGUAGCAUGAAGCACGCUGAAGUAGUUAUAGCAAGGCGAGCAAUUGAGGAAGGUCGAGGUCUGGUUGUGAUUGUGAACAAGAUGGAUCUUCUCAGGGGCAAUCAAAAUUCCAAGUUAUAUGAAAAGGUCAUAAAUGCUGUUCCAGAAGAAAUUCAAACACUCAUACCACAGGUGACGGGUAUACCUGUCGUCUUUGUUUCAGCUCUGGAGGGAAGGGGUCGUAUAGCAGUCAUGCAUCAAGUUGUCAGUACAUAUGAAAAAUGGUGCUUAAGAUUGUCAACGGCAUGUCUUAACCGUUGGCUGCAUAAGGUUAUGAGACGGCAUUCAUGGAAAGAUCAAGCUGCACAACCCAAGAUCAAGUACUUCACACAAGUGAAGGCUCGCCCGCCUACCUUUGUUGCCUUCUUGAUUGGAAAGAGACAGCUUACAGAUACAGAUAUUAGGUUCUUAACCAAGUCUUUGAAGGAAGAUUUUGACAUGGGUGGGAUACCCAUCAGGAUCAUGCAGCGAGCUAUCCCAAGGAAAGUGAGAAACUCUGGUGGUAAGAACAGCCAAUCCAUUGGGAGGAGGACCGAGAGAAAACUAUCUGAUAAGAGGAGUAUACCCGCUUGACAGUAUAUGCCUGCCUUGUCUUUGUAGGGAAGAAGUUGGUAGAUGGCCAUUUUGAGUACUGACUGACCAGCACCAUACCUGCCAUAUUGCAGCUAGGGCAGCACCUAUAUUUGUUGAUGGGUUGGCUAAAGGACUAAGCCGUGUGGCA